AUGAGUGGAUUUGGACACUUUAAAUCUGAUGAUGAUGAACCAGCAAACUCUCCAGGAAUGCCAACUGGAUACAGCCCACGGCCAAAUGGAGAUGAAGAUCCUGCCACUUUUACAGUUAAUGGCAUAAACAGAAAUAAUCCACUUGCUGGAUUCGAAUUAAAGUUUGGAGACGAUGGUGGAGCAAAUCAAGGAUUGACUGGUUACUCUCCGAGACCAGAUGCUUUUAAUUCAAGAGAAAUGGAAAAUACACCAGAGCUUGCACAAAUUUUUAGUUUAAUAACUGAAUACCAGCCUGCAGAUAUACCAAUGGUACCAUUUUGGAAGCCAUUUAUUCCAGAUUUGAUACCUUCCAUCGGUGCAAUCGAUGCUUUUAUCAAAGUACCUAGGCCAGACGAUGAAGCUGAUCCAUUGGGUCUUACAGUUCUCGAUGAGCCAACAAUUGGCUGCUCAGAUCCACAAAUUUUGAAUAUGCAACUUAGAGAGAAAUACGGAAUCGUCGGAAAUCAGGAAUCAGAUGGAUACAUUGGUAGCAUUCAGGACCUAGAAAAUAAUCAAAAAGCUUUAGAUGUUUUCUUAGAGUCGUAUGAAGAGAUAAAUCGUAACAGACCACCACCAACAAUGACAUAUUCGUCAACUAUGCCCAAUUUCGAAGCACUUCUCCAGGAAUUCCCAGAAGAAAUGGAAGAUGUUUUGAAAAAUAUUCCGUUACCAGAUGCAAAUAUGGAUCUUACGAUCGAAGAAUACGCAAAAAUCAUAUGUGUAAUGCUCGAUAUACCAGUGAGAGGUAAUAUUAUUGAGUCUUUGCACAUGUUGUUUUCAUUAUACGAACAGUUCCAUGAUCAUUUCUAUUUUAACCAGUCUAGAGGAUCUACUCCUGCUACACAAGGUCGUGAAGAAAGAAUUGAUUUGUAA